CGUAAGUGCGAUGCUAUAUUGCUUUAGAGUCCGCCACUGUUAUACGUCAGUACAAUAACCGCCUGGUGGAAACGAUCAGCAAUGAUGUUGGCAACUUUGCAAAAAAAUUGGAGGAGAGAAAGUUAAUCCCAUCUGAAUCAAGUAGGGAGAUAUCUAGUAUGCGCGGUGUUAGAAGAAAAGAAAAGGCAGACAUAGUAAUGAAGAAAGUUCUGAACAGUUUGGAUAGUGCCCAGUGUAAGGAGGAAUGGUUUCGUGAGUUUACAGAGCUAUUUGCAGCUGAAGAUGCCUACCACGAAAUUGCUGAGAGAAUGACAGAAUUCUAUGAAGCUCUCAGAAUGAUUGAUGAUACUACAACUACCAUCAGCAGCGGACGUUUCCCGUCUGGAUGCAUAAUUGAUGUUGAUGACAUGAAUAUGCUCUACUCAACCCUCAAAAUUACACCCCAGCCAUCAGAAAAGUUUUUAAUCUGCCACUGCUCUUUCCAAACUGACUUGACCAUUCGAAUUUAUCCUUUGGUUUCACCUGGUCCUGGUUGGUUUGAACGAUUUGGACGUGGUUAUGUGUUUGUAUGGGGUGCAGCAUUUGGGGCUGGUAUUGGUGGGCCUAUAGGUGCUGCGAUAGGCGGUGUUGUGAUGGAUAAGCUUUUUGGUCAGCACCUGGGCGAGGGUAGUUAUGUUGAUCGUAGUGCAAUGGUCACAAUUACUGCCAGAGAAUUAUCACAAGCCAUUCCAAAUAAAGGCAUUGACGAUAAAAAAACUAAAAAAGUCUAUACAUUUGUUCCUAACUUACAAGACAGAAUUGAUUAUCCUGAAUGAUUUACACUGUUGUGUUUUAUAUCAUAAUGAUUGUGAGUAUAAUAACUAGAACAAGCAUUUUUUGGCGAUUUGACGAUCUUCGCACUCAUUAUACCUC